AUGAUCUUCCAAGAAGAAUCACUCGAGCCUUUUGACUUUCUCGCGAUUGGUACCUUUGGUAUGGAACUACGCCACACAGAUCCCCCAACGCCAACGCUUACAACACCCCACGAAAAUUGGACUUAUCCACAGACAGAGAUAACAGAAAAUGAUCUCGAACUCGUUAACUAUGAGCUCGAGAAAUUUCUAGAAGCUGGGGAGAAAGAAAUAGCCUAUGACACAUCCGGUAGGAGUAGUCAAGCAAGUAUAAUAACACUCAGCCAUGCAAUACCUGAGGGAGCAGAUUCUGAUAGCCAAGUGCAUACCAUGGCUCAUCCUCUUCAAAAUUAUCUCUUUGCCACGUUGAUUGAUCGGACUGAGACGGACGAAGGAGUAACAAAAGAAAAGACAGCACCUAGAGGGCAUUUUAAGGAAAACAACAUGACCCAUGAUAAACACACAAAGAUACGUGAAGGAUCAGAACAAAGAUCAAGGAAAGUAUCUCAUUUCAUGAAAAAGAUGGUGAAGAAGUUCAAUUCAUCAUCAAGAUGCUCAAAGGAUUCAUCUAAAAAAGAUGCGGCUGUAUCCAUCUCGAUCAAGAAAAGACUCUCCAAGGCUACAAAGAUGUUUGACAGAAAGGUUCGGCCUGAAGAGAUGACUGACAAACAGUUCACAAAGGUCGAAAAAAAUACGAAGAAACGCAUUUCUGGUGAGCAUGAAAAUAAGAUGAUUGGUCAGGACAGGAGCAAAUGGAGUGGAAGAGAGACCAGGGAACCAUCUUCAAAUGGGACCUACAUGGGUGCUUCAACUACCAAUGGAGAGCACUGGAUCAAGACAGACUCUGAUUGUAAGUGA